AUGCCGCUGACAGUCACGUGCACGCUCUACAGAGCCUUCACGAAAGUGCUGAAAGACUGGGUAUACGGUUGGGCGGAGUUCAGAGGUCUCCUCACAGAGCUGCAGAAUGGCUUCCGAAAGGGCAGGCGGUUGGAAGACAACCUCUUCGUACUAACACAAUGCGCCGAGAUUGCCAGAAAGGAGAACCGUGGACUGCUUUGCUGCUUCCUGGAUGUGGAGAAAGCAUAUGAUAAUGUUCCGCAUGCCAGUCUUUUCAAGUGCCUAAGUGACCUGGGUCUCCCGGAAGCACUGCAGUCAACAAUUAAGCAGCUGUACAGCGGUAACGCGGUUACGGCGGCCUUUGCUGGAGUCACAACGGAGUCGGUGGAGGUUUCCAAGGGACUACGUCUGGGUUGCCCACUUUCCCCAAUACUAUACCUAUUGUAUGUGUCCGAACUGGAGCGAGCGAUAGUGAAGUCUUCUCGUGGCUUCAGCCUGAAAUUCAGCACCACCGGGAUAGACGAGAAUCGCAAGAUACCGGGCCUUGCUUUUGCGGAUGACAUCGUCCUAAUGGCAGAAAAUCCUCGAUACAUGCAAGUACUGCUCAACAUCUGUGCAGCGGAAAUCGAAAAGCUGGGGCUUCGCUAUAACGCCAAGAAGACGACUGUAGUACAGCUAGUGGGUGUGGCACCAGGUUGCCUCAUCGUGCAAGUACCUAGGAGUGACGCCGCGUUCAGGGGCGACAUCUAUGGGCAGCACGAGGAAAUCAUCAGACGGAUAGCCCUGCGGGCACAGUGUGUUCUCCGGCGCAGGAGCCUGUGCGUAUUCAACAGAUAUCUGAUGGUUCAAGACAUGUGGAAGCUUGUGCACGUGCCUGCAUUGACCUUCUGCAACGCCACCGUCUGCUUGUCCCUUGUGACUAGGGAAUGGCUGGAACGGCGACAGCGGGAGGUCGGACGCACUGCUUUGGGAUCACAUGGAGCAGUAGCCAACGAGGCUGUUCAGGGAGACCUCUGGUGGUCCACCUUCGAGGCACGUGAGGCUGCAAGCCAGCUGACCUACCGUGGCGGCAUGCAGUUUAUGCUGAAGGAGCGAUUGGCCCGGCAGGUGUUCGAAUACUUGGCAGCGACGUGUAUGCGUACCGACUGGACAAACCGUAUAUACCGCCUCGAGAAGAAAUAUGGUUUCUUCACGGCACCAAUACAGGCGGACACAAUGCGGCAAUACGUUAAGGCGGUGCGUGACCGUGUCCAGGAGACCGAGGAGGAGCUGUGGCUGCAGGAGAUGAGUGGCAAGACCUCAGUGACCCUGUAUGGACAACACAAGCGGGCUAUUAGUGCGGUGUCUAUAUACAACAGCCUUGGAAGCCGCCUACUCUUCGAGGCCGUGCUGGGGCACUGCGCACACUGGAACGCUAGCGGGCUAUUGACAGGACUGCGGCUGCGCGCCCAGGCUGACGGAAGCAAGUGUGCUGGCAAGAUUUAA